AUGAGGAAGCAACCCAGUGCUGACAGUGAGAACCAGACCACCUGGCUGAUUCUGGUGGGCUUUGGGGAGCUACAAUACCUAGGCUUCCUUCCCUUCACCCUCUUUCUGGCCAUAUAUGUGGUUACAGUUGGGGGUAACAUGCUUAUUGUGCUUGCUGUGGCUUCCAGUCGGACUCUUCACACGCCCAUGUAUUUUUUUCUGUGUCACUUUUCCCUGCUGGAGAUUGGGUACACCUCCAAUAUUGUGCCUCACUUGUUGCGGAGCUUCUUGGAAGGGAAGGAAACAAUCUCGCUGGCCAGUUGCCUGUUCCAAUUCUACAUCUUUGCCUCACUGGCUGCAGCUGAGUGCCUUCUGCUUUCUGCUAUGUCCUAUGACCGUUACUUGGCCAUCUGCCGCCCCCUUCACUAUCCUACUCUGAUGAGCACCUGGCUGUGUGGCUGCAUGGCCACUGGCGCCUGGCUCAGUGGAUUUUCUUUCUCUGCCUUUACUCUGGCCUUGGCAGCCCCUCUGCCCCUCUGCCCUGGCAGCAGAAAGAUUGACCACUAUUUCUGCGACUUUGCUCCAGUUGUAGGAUUGUUCUGUGGUGAUGUGAGGGUCAUGUGGGGAGCUGGUGUCAGCAUUUCGGGGUUUCUGACACUGGCCCCCUUUCUGCUGAUUGUCGCGUCUUAUGCUCUCAUCCUGAGAACCGUGCUGCGAAUACCUACAGGCCAUGGGAGGCAGAAAGCCUUCUCUACUUGUUCCUCUCACCUCAGCGUUGUAGGGGUGUUUUAUGGCACUCUCAUCGUGGUCUAUGUAGCCCCCACAGACCACAUGGCACCCCAGCUCCGAAAGACCUUCUCCGUUCUCUACACUGUGUUCACCCCUAUGGUAAAUCCUAUUAUCUACAGCCUUAAGAAUCAAGAGGUGAAGGGGACACUUCGCAGACUCUGGGGACAACUCAUCCCAGGACAUACCACACAAAGUGGGCUAGGACGACUACUGACUUCUUAG